AUGACAAUGGAUACAGGGAAGAAAAUACAGCUUAAGAGAAAACUUGGAUAUUUCUGGGGGACAAAUUUUCUAAUUAUUAAUAUAAUUGGUGCAGGAAUUUUUGUGUCCCCCAAGGGGGUGCUGGAGUACUCUUGCAUGAAUGUGGGAGUCUCCUUGUGUAUUUGGGCUGUCUGUGCCGUGCUCUCCAUGACCAGCACUCUCUGUUUUGCAGAGAUCGGGGUAGCAUUCCCAUACACUGGGGCUCACUACUAUUUCAUCAAGAGAUGCUUCGGCCCUUCCAUUGCAUUCCUGAGACUUUGGACCUCCUUGUUUCUGGGCCCAGGAGUAACUGCCAGUCAAGCGCUGUUACUGGCUGAGUAUGGCAUUCAGCCUUUCUAUCCCAGCUGUUCUGCCCCCAAUCUACCAAAGAAGUGCCUUGCCCUGGCAGUGCUGUGGAUUGUGGGAAUUCUGAAUUCUCGUGGUGUGAAAGAGCUGUCAUGGCUUCAGUCAGUGAGCACCAUGCUGAAGAUGGGCAUACUGGGCUUCAUUUCCCUCAGUGGGGUGUUCAUGCUGGUGAGAGGGAAGAAGGAGAAUGUGGGAAGGCUUCAGAAUGCUUUUGAUGCUGAGUUUCCAGAGAUCUCCCAGGUUAUAGAAGCCGUCUUCCAAGGAUACUUUGCAUUUUCGGGCGGGGGAUGCCUUACAUAUGUAGCAGGGGAGCUGAAGAAACCCAACAAAACAAUUCCUAAAUGCAUAUUUACAGCACUGCCUCUGGUAACUGUGGUGUAUUUACUGGCUAACAUUUCCUACUUGGCAGUUCUGACGCCCAGGGAAAUUCUCGCUUCAGAUGCUGUGGCUAUUACAUGGACUGACAGAGUCAUCCCCCGAUUAACAUGGACUGUUCCCUUUGCUAUUUCUGCCUCAUUGUUUAGUAACCUUGUGAUUAAUGUACUUGAGUCAGCAAGAGUGGCAUACACUGCAGGCCAGCAUGGCCAGCUGCCCUUGAUGUUCACUACCCUUAAUGUUCACUCAUCCCCCUUCAUAGCUGUGCUUCUAAAUGUCAGUAUGGGAUCCAUUGCAAUCGUCUUAACAAACUUAAUUGGACUGAUAAAUUAUCUCUAUUUUGUUGCUUCCAUUUGGACUAUGUUAUCCAUGAUAGGAAUCCUGAAAUUGAGGUACCAGGAGCCUAAUCUACACAGACCUUAUAAGGUGUUUUUACCAUUUGUAUUCAUAGCAAUGACCAUCAGCCUGUGCUUGGUCUUGAUUCCCCUUGUCAAGUCUCCAAAGAUGCAUUACAUCUAUGUGCUCCUCUUCCUUCUCAGUGGACUGCUGUUUUACAUGCCAUUGAUACACUUUAAAGUGAAGUUGGUUUGGUUUGAGAAGUUGACUUGCUAUCUGCAAUUACUGUUUAAUAUUUGCAUCCCUGAUGUGUCUGAUGAGCAAAUGUCAGAAGUAGGAAAUUGA